CUCGCCAAAAUUUGACGUUCGGGAGUGUUGAUAUUUUUUGUAACAAACCAUAUUUUUGGCAUUUUUUUACGUAUUGUGGUUGAACAGUGCCAUAUAAAAUAAGAACACAGACUCUUGUAGUGGGCUAAUAGUGGUACUGAAGAGUUAUGCAGCAAGAUGUCGAGAAUUUACCAAUUGACAUACACUUCAACAAGUUGCUGGACUGGUUAAUUGACCGGAGACACUGCAAGCAGCAAUGGCAGGCAGCAUCAUUGAUAGUGAGGGAAAAAAUCAAUGCAGCCUUAAAGGAUAUGCCAGAAAAUGAAGAGCUUGCAAAACUGUUGGAGGGAACAUAUAUCAAUUAUUUCCACUGUGAGAAGAUUGUUGAAAUACUGAAGGGAACAUCAGCAGGAGAGAAGAACAUAUUUGGCCAAUACUCAUCACAGAAAAUGAAAGACUGGAAUGACAUCAUCAGAAUUUAUGAAAAAGACUGUAUGUUUCUAGCUGAAACUGCUCAAAUGAUUAUGAGGAAUGUCACAUACGAGAUACCAGCCUUGAAGAAACAGAUCGCUAAGUGCCAGCAAGUGCAAAAGGAAUGUGAUAAGAAAGAAGCAGAUUAUGUCAGUAAAGCUGCUGAAUUGAAAAAGAAAUACAGUAAUAGCUGUAAGGAACUUGGCAUCAAGGGAGACAAGAUAAAAUCGGAGUUAGCCGCCCUUGUUCAGGAUUUACCAAAAGUUUUUGAUGAUGUAGCCACCAGAACGCAGCAACUGACUGUCGCUUUAAAAUAUUAUCAGGACUUUAGAAGUUUUCUGCUCAACAGUGAUGUACAAGAUUCAGACUGUCUCCCGAUGUUAAGAUUCAUUCAGCAGAAAGGUAACACAGUCACAUAUGAAUGGAAACAUGGUUGUAAGCCAGUCCAUAUUCAGGAAGCAUCUGUUGUCAUAGACACCAAAGAUGAGGAUGAUGUUGUUGUUGAAGAUGGAGCUGAUAUUGACUGGGGAGAUUUGAAUGGGAACACAAAUGAAGUUAAUGUUGAUGCAGAGAUAGAUUUUGACAUCUCCGGAAUCACUAUAGAAAGUGGAGGCACUGACGAAGGAAAGGGUGCAAUAGAUAUAGAAGUUGAACAGUUGGGUGAGGAGAUAGACUGGGGUGAUACAGAAGUAGAAUCUACGCAGAAAUCAUCUGUUUCAGAUGAAGGCACAGCUACUGGGGAAGAAGCACUGACUAUACUUGAUAAUCCUGCAACUAGAAACCUGUUCCUAGAUGACCUCGUAGAAUUAGAAGCAUUUCUAAACCAGCGUUUAGUGGACCUUAGUGGAGAAGGUAAUAUUCUUGCUUCUAGUCAAUUCCAAAAUGCUCCAGCUUCUAUACAGAUAGAGGCUAAACAGGUGGAAACCAUGGCAACAGAUUUGAGGAAUAUAAUUGCUCAGCUAACUUCUGUACAGAAUCAACAUCUCAUGCUGAUCAGAGAUUCUCCAAGGUAUGUUGAAAGACUGAAGGACACAUUGAAGUCCACAUUGACUCUAGCAGACAAGAUGAUUUUCUAUCAGAAAGAGACAAUAUCUAGAAGACAUGAUAUGGAAAAGGAAGAAAGGGAACUGCUCCCUAAACUAGAGGUUCUGGUAAAACGGACCAAGGAAAUGCAGAAACAGAUGGAGGGUGAAAUAUCAAAACGGUACAAGAAUAGGCCAGUGAACAUAAUGGGAGAAAUUAACAUUAUAUGAUGAAAGAUCAUAUUGUAGUCAAGUCUCAGAAAAAUUGAUCAGUUGCCAUCUAGCAUGACAGACUCAGUUACCAUAAUUGGGAAAAAAGAUGUUAUUGUCUGGAGAGAAAAUUUGCUACAUAUUAGAUGCUCUGUCAUUCUCAGGUGUGUUAAGACAAGAAUUGUCACAUUGACAGACUGUUACAGAUCAAGUGCUGCAUUUUUUUUUC